AUGGACGCCGACAUGGGCGCGGCCUCGAGCGAUGUCAGCGGUAACAGCACUUGUUCUGGCUAUAACACCCGCUGCACAACACCGCCAAGGGAAACAAGCGAUCAAGAACCAGAGCAGCGGGAUUAUGCAAAACGUCCGCCGUUCGUUCAUAUCCCGGACCUGUUCGGUUCUAUCAUGUCCACAAAGCCCGUCGUCAAUCCCAACUACUUUGCAGCCAAGGCUAGAGGAGAUCGAUGGAUUGCAAGGGUUAUGAAAUUCGACAAGACGACAGCAGCAAAAAAUGCCAAAGUUGAUCUGUGCUUCCUAGCUUCCAUCUGGUCAGCAGAUGCAUCUGAAGACCGGCUGGUCACAAUGUUAGACUGGAAUCAUUGGGUAUUCCUUUUCGACGACCAGUUCGAUGAAGGACACCUGAUGGAGGAUCCAGCCGCUGCAGCGGAGGAGGUGAAGCAGACCAUAGCAAUCAUGGGCGGGGAUGCACCACGGUAUACUCCUGAGUCGAACCCCAUUCGAUACGUCUUCCAGACGUGUUGGGACGCCAUAAGCGCUGUGUCCAGUCAAGAAAUGCAACAGCGGUGGAUAGACCAACACAAGCGAUACUUUGCCCAGCUUCUCGUGCAGGUUGACCAGCAGGUCUCUGGCCAGAACUUUACACGCGAUGUUGAUGCGUACAUGGACCUUCGCAGAGGCACGAUUGGCGUGUAUCCGGCCAUCAACCUCGCCGAGUAUGGCGCAGACAUCAAGCUGCCACAGCACGUCUACGAGCAUCCAAGUUUGCAGGAAUGCAUGAACGUGUCGGCCGACCUGGUCACAUUGGUCAAUGACGUUUUGUCGUACCGCAAGGACCUGAAGUUGGGCGUGGAUCACAAUCUCAUCUCACUACUCGUCGAAGGGAACCAUUUGACCAUUCAACAGGCUGUGGACAAGAUCGGCGACAUGGUCACCGACUGUUAUCGCAGGUGGUACCUCGCUCUGGCAGAGCUUCCGUCCUACGGCGAGAAGAUCGACCGCGAGGUGAUGAAAUUCGUGGAGGUUUGCCGGGCAGUGGCCCAGGGUAACCUAUACUGGAGGCGAGCUAACAGGGGCAAUAGUUUCCAAACAGGUCGUUACCUGGGCUCUGAGGGCCAUGAUAUUCACGAAACAGGCAUCAUGCACCUUCCGCCUGCUGAGAAGGCGUGGUGA